AUGUCACUUGCAAGCAGAAGCGAUAGCGUUCGGGGCCGAGAGGCAGCAAGCAGUGCUCUCAUAGCUCAUGGCCGGAUUUCGGCGACUGGGUUAGACACCUUCAUACCAGCUCGUUAUGUGGCAAGGGGUUCAAUCUCCACCGCAAGGCAGGCUGGAAUGCUGUCGAUCGAAGCGGCAGCGGCUGGACGUGUCAGUUCCCAACAUGCCGAUGUAAGCGAGGAGGCAAGGUUGUCAAAAAGGCUUUCCAGUUUGGGUAAGCAAAGCCGAUGGGCGGGAGCUCUGUUGGAAUUGAUGGGCGUGCGGCUCACACAACUGACUCAAAUCAGCUCGCACAACGCUUUGGCAGCUGCGUGUGGCAAAAGUCAAGCCUGGGAAACGGCGCUGGGCUUAAUAGGAGAUGCUCGACACCAGUCGCUUCGACUGAAUGCCAUCACGUUUGGAGCGGGCGCUCUAGCUUGUCAAGUGACAGCUUCUUGGCGACGUGGCACUCAGCUUUUGAGCACUGCGCGGAAGAUGAGCACCCAGGUGAAUGUCGUCUGUUGUACAGCAUUGCUGCACGCAUGUGGGCGAGCGAGCGGCGAAGGUAAAUGGGCAUUCGCGGUUCUGGAUUUAAUGAGAACUGAGGCAAUGCAACUGACGGAGGUCAGUUUCGGUGCUGCAAUGAGUGCUUGUGCACCUGAGGGGCAGUGGCAAGAUGCUCUAGUGUUGUUCAAAGACGCACAGAAGAUGGGACCCAACCUGCACUGUUGCAAUGCCUUUUUGACGAGCUUGGAGAAAGGGCGCAGAGCCGAGCAGGCAAUGGAGCUGCUUAAAAGGAUGGAGCGAGCAGGCGGGGACUCAAAUGGGCCCUGGCCUAGACCUGAUGUUGUCAGCUACAGUGCAGUCAUCAGUGCCUGUGAAAAAAGCGGGUUGUGGAAGGACGCGUGGGAUCUGCUGUGGCGCAUGCAGGCGAGGCAUGUGCAGCCGAAUGCUAUAAGCUUUAGUGCGGUGAUCUCUUCCUUUGAGAAAGGUGGUCAAGGUCAGCUUGCGUUGCAAGUCCUGAGGAUGAUGCGGGUAUGCUCGGAAAGACCUAACGUGAUAAGCUAUGGCGCGGCGAUCAGUGCCUUCGAGAAGGCAGCUAUGUGGAAGCAGGCCCAGGUGCUUCUGGAGGAAAUGGUAGGCGUGCAACUGGAGCCCAAUCUGGUCUGCUUCAACGCGAUGUUAAGCUCGCUCAUGGAAGCUGGUAAGGCUCAAAUGGCCAGGAGGUUGCUGAGCUCCAUGAGAGAAAACUCAAGCCAACCUGACAUCAUCAGCUAUUCAAUCACAAUUACAUCGUGCUCCAGGAAGCAGCAGUGGCUCGAAUCAGUAGAGAUUCUUGGUGGAAUGGCUGAACAAGAGUUGGAUCCCACAUGCAUUGCAUAUGAAGCCGCACUUGCAGCGUGCGAGGCGCAUGGGAAGCUGGAAUUUCUCUGUUUGUUGGAUCCGAUGUCAGAGCAAGCAGUCCAGUCGUGCAGGUUGUUGGGCGAUCGUGAAAGCCAUCAUGCCAGGUAA